CAUCCACGAAAGAUUUUCUUUUUCAAUACAUGCAUGACCCUCUCCUUCCACCGACAGUUAUUCUGAAUAAUUAAACCAAGAAAUGUCUUUCUCUGAUGAAUCUUACACUGAUUUUCGUCACGUUCUUCUUUCGAUCGAGCUUUCCUCGAAUAUUAUUGUAUUAUAUUCCAUGAUGUAGGAACUUUUGAGCACGUGGAGGUUCUUUCUUCUCCCUCAGGUUUCCUCCAGUUCAAGCGAAGGACCUCUUCAGACUUGGAUUCUGUUCUGAGAUUACUUAGCCAAAUCAUCGUUUCAUUGUUUAAAGGCCUUGGCUUGGAGAAUAAUCCAGAUGAAAUCUACGAUUAACGGAAUGUUUUCUCGGUCCAAAAAGAGUAACGUCGGCGAUGAGAUAAACCGCUUAAAGCCGGCUGAAUGGGAAUUAAGGCCUGGAGGAAUGUUGGUCCAGAAACGUAAUUCAGAUGAGAACCAAAACCCCGUUUCAGGUUCCACUUCCUCCAUUAAAAUCAGAGUGAAGUUUGGCUCAACCUAUCAAGAAAUUCGGAUAAGUUCUCAAGCAAGUUUUGGGGAAUUGAAGAAAAUGUUGGCAGAGCCAACGGGAUUGCAUCCCCAGGAUCAAAAGAUAUUCUUCAAGAGAAAGGAGAGAGAUUCUAAAUCAUAUCUGGACGAAGUGAAAGUAAAAGAUGGAUCAAAAAUGGAGGUUGUUGAGGACAUUGAGAGCAGAGAGCGGAGGGCGCUGGAGACGUUAAAACUCUCAAAGAAGAACAAGAGUUCAAAAGCCUUGAACGAAAUCAUACUGGACAUUGACAAAUACGCCAGAGAGGUUUCAGCUUUGGAAGCAUCAUCUUCUAAAGGUGAGAUUAUAGCAGAGAUGGAUGUGGACAACUUGAUCGACAGUUUGAUGAGAAUAUUGAUAAAAUUGGAUGAAGUUGUAGCAGCUGAAGGAGAUCUGAAAUUGCAGAGAAAAGAACAGGUUGGGAGAGUUCAGAAGCAGAUUGAAAGUCUUGAUAAGCUGAAGGAGCCACCAAAUUACAGUAAGUUGCAGAAGCAGCCAUUGAAACAUUCAGAGUCAUUCAUAGUGACAACAAAAUGGGAAACUUUUGAUUAAGCAGCCACAUGAAACGUGGAAUAUAUUAGCCAAUUUGCUGUUUCUUUUUGUUAUUGUUACACAUUUGUGAUAUUAAAAUUCUUUCUUCUUCAUGAUAAGAUUAAAUCUCCGUUGUGUUGAAACUGUGGUGGAGGAUUGCUUGCUAGUUGUUGAGUUAUAAAUUUGAAAUAGCAGAGUUUUGGGGUUAGGAAGCUGUACGGAAUUUGAAGUGACAACAUCAACGUGUCAACAUCUGUCGGCGUGUUGGUGCUUAGCUGUGACCACUGAAUCUUUUUUC